AUGGACUCUUCUGUGACUCCCUCUGUGCCCAAAACUCCAGAGUUAGAACCUGUUUUCCUCAUCAAUUUGAAGUUAAAGCCUCCAGCUCCGGUGUUCACCAACAAGACCAGAAACAAGGCAUUGACCUUGGCCACUGUCGUGGACGGCUACAUUUCGACCGUCAAAAACAAGUAUGGCUUUGAGCUCGAAGCCAAGGAAAUCACUGGUUUCGAUGAUAUCACCACAAACAUUGCCGACAACUAUAAUGAGUUGGACUGUAAGUUGUACGGGAAGACCCCGGAGGGUGCAGGCAUCUACAUCACUUACUACGGAUUGAUCAAGUUGUCGGAGGCUGUUUUGGCUGUGCUUGGAGGCAACUCAAACGCCUCUUCCUUUGAGGACGAUUAUGUCACCAGCAACCCUAGAAUUCACUUCGAUGGCGAUGUCCCUGAUAAGUACAAGUGGGCCAUCCAGGAGAACUUGUUGGGCAAGGGCCGCUUCGUAAAGGACCCUUCAGGCACCUUGUAUGUGCAAUACUACGUCUACGUUGUUCGCUAG